AUGCGCGCGCGUGGAUGCAGGGCGCAGGUGCUCUACUACGCGGUGGAGGCGCUGCUCCGGUCGGGGCACCAGGGCGUGUACGCCGCCGUCGAGCGGCCGCUCCAGCUCGCGCAGACCGCCGCCGUCCUCGAGAUCCUCCACGGGCUGGUCGGGCUGGUGAGGUCGCCGGUGUCGGCCACGCUGCUGCAGAUCGGGCGCGCCUCUUCGUCACCUGGGACCAGGACACACAUCCUGGUGAGCUCCUUGGUAAUCAGCUGGUCCAUCACCGAGGUAUGCAUGCUCCUGAAUCCUGAUAAUCUAGGAAUUACAGCUGUUCAAAUUAACUGUGUUAUUGAGCCGCGAGACGCAGCUGUUGCUGUUAGACUAGCUGAAGAUGUGCUACUGAACUAA